CAUUCACAUGUACGUGACAUUAGAAAAAAAUGGGGUAAUGGAUUAUUAUAUCAUGGUGUGAUUUUUGUUUGGACGUGCCACGGUUCAAAAACCUAUUCAGGGUAAAUUUAUAUAUUGAUUGAUUGGUUGAUUGUAUAUUGUUUAACGUUCCCCUGUAAAACUUUUCACGCAUGGAGACGUCACCAUUGCCACCGAAGGGCUGUAAAAUUUAGGUCUAUGCUUGGUGCUUACCACCUUUGAGCUGUGAGGGAUCAUCAUCGUGCCACACCUGCUAUGACACGGAACAUCGGAGUUUGUGAUCUCCUGUGAAGGACCACACAAUUAAUUCGCCUCUUACAACAAGCAAGAGGUACUGUUGACUUUUUGUUAGCCGGAUCCUCACGAAAUAGAGGUUUAUAUCCAUUCGUUAAAGUUGUCUCUAUUUGAAGGCUGUGAUUAUGUGUAUAUUGGACAGUUUGGUAAUAUGCUGCGUUGCUAUUCUGUCUAUGGCGUAGCCGGAUGUAAAAAGGAAAUGAAGUUAUGUGCUGUAUUGGUUUUUAUGGAUAUGUUUGGAACGAGACGGUUCACAACUGUACCAGGUGCACGAUUGGGUUUUAUGGAGACAGAUGUGCUUUUCCUUGCUCCUUUCCACUUUAUGGCAUUAAAUGUGCCUUUCACUGCAACUGUAGUAAAGAGGAAUGUCAUCAUCAAUAUGGCUGCAAAAGAAGUUAUGGAGAAAUAAAUACAACUAUAUGGGAUGAAAACGCAGAUUCGUCAUCACCAGCUACAGUUCCAUUAACGACAACAACUAAGUCUAAUCCAUUGAGUAUAGUAAAUGAAAAUUCUAAUGAACUAGCUGCGGAGAGUAACAAUUGUAUCGGAAAGGGGAACGGUUCCAUUAUAACGGACAACACAGAAACUUUGAGAUAUGCCAUUAUUGGACUUAGAUUUGUCUGUUGCGUAUUCCUUAUCUUCUACAUAGGACUGCACAUUAUUUUCAACAAAUAUAUACCCAAAGUACAGAAUAGACAAGAACACGAAAAACAUAUAGUUGUCUAAAUUGGAAGGGAAACAUUCAUAAGGAAGUUAUGGACGGAAAUUCAAAUGCGGACACUUUUUUCGAUGACAUGUUUACUUCAAUGUAUGUGAUGCAUUAAUGUUGUUUCAAAAAACGGAAAUCAUUAAAUUGAACGCUACAUGGACUUUA